AUGGCGCCGCAUCGCCGCAAGAUGGGCGGGCCCGAGCUGCCUGCGAAGGCAAUGGGUAAGGAUGACGGCCACUCGCGUGGGAGGGGAGCGACCCAAACUGCAGGCCCCGGGACGAGAGCUGCCAAUCUCCUUAAUGGUUCUACUAUUGAACGACUGCCCCUCAUGGUUUGUCUUGCCUUACCUGUGGUCUGGGCAUUGCUUGCCCUGGCCGCCCGCUUCGUCGACGCCAAUCUGGCUUGGGCACCGCGAAACUCGGCCAAGUGCAACGCCGCCACGUUCCAGCGCGCCCUUGUUCGCUCCGGCGCCGAGAUCACCAACGUCACCUUCGUCCCCAAAGGCGGCAGCUUUGGCGAGGGCGCGUCGAAUCUCUUAUAUCCGGUGAACCCGACCAACCUAACCGAGCUGUGCGCCUUGACAGUCAGGGUGACGUCUUCUCCCAGCUCAUCCUACCGGUUCGGACUGUUUCUCCCCAUGGAACCCCACCAAUGGAAGGAGAGGUUUUUUGCCGUAGGAAAUGGCGGGUUUGGCGGCGGCAUCAACUGGCUCGAUAUGGCGCCCGGCCCCCAUUACGGCAUGGCAACCAUCUCAACAGAUACGGGCCAUAACUCCACCACGGCCGACAUUACGUGGGCGAACAAGCAGCCCGAGAAGAAGACCGACUGGGGCUGGCGCGCGCUGCAUGGCUCUGUCGAGCUCGGAAAGAAGCUGACCGAGGCUUUCUACGGAAAGCCGAUCAAGUACUCGUACUAUAGCGGCUGCUCGACCGGCGGCCGGCAGGGGCUCAAGGAGGUGCAGAUCUCCCCCGGCAGCUUCGACGGAGCCCUUAUUGGCGCCCCCUCGUGGUACACCAGCCACAUCAACCCUUUCGUCGUCAAGUUUGGCGCCUACAACCUGCCGGUUGGUGCCGACCACCAUAUCCCAGUCGAGCAGUUUUCAUGGAUCGGGAAGCAAGUCGUGGAGCAAUGCGACGAGGUGGAUGGCGUGAAGGAUGGUAUUGUCAGCGAACCGGAAGCCUGCAAGUUCGACUUCGACAAGAUCAAAUGCCCAGACCAAACAAAGAGUCCGAACUGCCUCACAGACCAGCAGAUUGAAACCGCCAAGAAGAUAUACAGCGACUCCUACACCGACACCGGAGAGUUCAUCUACACAGGUCUGACGCUCAGCUCUGAGGACCAGUGGUUCAUCCUGCUGGGCAGCGACGUGCCGAGCCCCUUUGGCGUGCAGUAUGUGCAAGACUUUCUAUUCGACGACCCCAGCUGGCCGUGGCAGGAGUACAACGACAGCGUGAUGGCGUAUGCAGUGCGGCACGACCCUGGCAACUCGACAGCGGCGCAGUACGACAUCCGCCGCUUCCGCGACCGCGGCGGCAAGCUGCUCAUGUACCACGGGCUGGCGGACGGGCUGGUGGCGGAACGGGGCUCCAUCUACUACCACAGCCAGACGGUCGCGGCCAUGGGCAACGUCGACUCCUGGUUCCGCUUCUUCCAGAUCCCGGGCAUGCAGCACUGCGCCGGCACGACCGUCGACGCGCCGUGGAAUAUCGGCGCGGCCUUCCAGACCAGCUCCAUGGCCGCCAACGCGUGGUCCGUCCCCGGCUUCCGCGACGCCGAGCACGACGCCGUCCUCGCGCUCAUCGACUGGGUUGAGAAGGGCAAGCCUGUCGACAGGAUUGUCGCUACCACGUGGCGUAGCCCCUUUAACGCGACGUCGGGUGUCCUACGCCAGAGGCCGGUAUGUCCGUAUCCCAAGAAGGCAAGGUACAAUGGGAAGGGUUGUGAAAGCCAUGAGCGGAGCUGGGAAUGUAAGUAG